GGUCAUAUGCAAGGAUGUCGUGUUGAUCAAUCGAUCUACUCGACAAGAGGUUCAGACCAUCUCCGGGGGCGAUUGCAUCGGUAAACUCGCUGUCAGGUCACUCGAUCGACCCUAGCUAUUGUCCCACGACGAUAUAGACACAUUACCGUUCACCAUGUCAGCGGCGGAAGAACGAAGAAAGGUGCUCGAGGAGAAAAAGGCCAAGUUGGCAGAGAUGAAGCGGGCGAGGGACGAGAGGAUGGCCGCUGCCAAUCAGCCGCAAAAGACGCCAUCGAGAGGACCCACACCGCUUGGUGGUCGGAAACAAGAGGUCGAUGACCUGGUCACAUCUCUGCUAGGCGACAAGCCUGUGGGCGGAUCACGACCACCAUCUUCUCUCAGCGGUACAGCUUCAACGUCCAGGAUUCCUCAGGGUGUUUCUAGACCGUCGGUGCUACCCAGCUUGAGAAAUUCGGUGAGCGUAGGGACGGGAGAGUCUGGUGAGCAGGCGACUCGGUCCAGCCAGAGCGAGUUUAGCGAACAAGAUGGGAGGUACACCCCAGCUCAGGACAUCGAGAUGGUGGACGCUCAAACCGAGCUGUACGAAGUCAAUACCAAGCCGACCUACAUCACCUACUCUCGAGGUAUCCAAACACAACCGCUCGACGACUACCCCUCUGAUACGGAAGCCGACCCAGAUAGACGAGACAGGCAGAGCGGCAGGGAGACCGAGGACGAGUUGAGGAAACGCCUGGAAGCCGAGUUUGAGCUCGAGAGGGAGAAGCUAGAGAAAGAGAUCCGGGCCGAGGAGGAAGCUAAACGAUUAGAUGAACAAAAGGUCGUCGAGCUGUCCGAGGCGGAAAAGGCCAACUUGCUGUCCGCGCCCGAGUUUGCAAGGUUUCUGGAAGACUCGGGCAAGGUCAUGCAGAGGGCUUUGAACGAUGCUUAUGACUAUACAAAGGACUAUACGAUCGGCUUUGGGGAGAUCGAUGAUGCCGAGGACGCUCAGCGGAUCCGGCUGGUUUGUGAUUUCUAUCAUGAACGAUGGACGAGCAACCGUUCGAUCACCGCUGUGGACUGGUCAUCAAAGUUUCCCGAGCUGAGCGCAGCGGCUUAUAACAAGAACCCGAAAGCUGUGAACGAUCCGGAUGGGCUGGUAGCUGUAUGGAAUCUUCAUCUGGCGGAUAGACCUGAGUUCCUCUUUCAUUCGCAGUCGGACGUUCUGUCCUUGACCUUCUCUCCCUUCCACCCUAACCUCAUCUGUGGAGGCACGUAUGCAGGACAAAUUCUGCUGUGGGAUACUCGAGCCAAACAGUUACCAGUUGCCAAGACCCCGUUGGCUGCCGGUGGGCACACAUAUCCUGUCUACUCGAUGAAGGUGGUCGGGACGCAAAACGCUCAUCAUAUCAUGACGAGCGGUACCGACGGGACCGUCUGCAGUUGGCUGCCCGAAGUCAUGGCUCAGCCGCAGGAAUCCCUCGAACUGAUCCAUCAGGGUCAUCAUAAGACCAAUGAGAUUGCGGUUACCUGCAUGGACUUUCCGGACAACGAGACGAGCACAUUCUUUGUCGGAACUGAGGAGGGCGGGGUCUACCAAGCGAAUCGCUACGACCGAGCCGGAGCCAAGGCUGGUCUCAACCACCGGGACAGUUACCGCGGUCACACCGGCCCUGUUACCAGCCUCGACUUUCACCCAUUGCAUGGGGCUGUGGACUUUUCUGACCUGUUCCUGACGACGAGCGUCGACUGGACGGUCAAGCUGUGGCGAGCCAAGGCGGGCAACAAGGCUUCAGGGGGUGUGACAAUGAUGAAUAGCGGACCGUCGACCAUCGCACCGCUCUAUUCGUUCGAAGAGUCUAGCGACUAUGUGUUUGACGCCAAAUGGCAUCCGAAACAUCCUGCCGUGUUUGGUACGGUUGACGGGACGGGCAAGUUUGACCUGUGGAACCUCAACAACGACGUCGAGGCACCGACAUCUACGGUCGCUGUGGGUCCCGGCAAGGCCAUCAACAAGCUAGCCUGGGAUCGCAAAGACGGCAAAAAGGUCGCGCUCGGCUCGAGCGAUGGCCACCUCUACGUCUACGAUGUGGGCGAGGCGGCCGUCCCCCGAGACACAGAAUGGGCCGAUAUGCAAAAGACGGUCCAGACGAUUAUGCAGACGAGCGCUUUGACAUCGCAACCUCUUCAAGGACGAGACGGACGAUCAUGAAAGGAUCGACGCUCAAUAAUGAACCUUUUACGAAUAAUGACGAGCUCUUGAGUUCUUGUAAUCGAUUUUUACGAAGGCGAGACGUUCAUGAUGAGAGAAAUGCAUACAAGGUGUG